AUGAAAUUUAAAGUAUAAGUCGAAGAAUUCGUCUUCUACAUCAAUGUAGGACAAGGAUUGAAUGAUUUCGCAUGGUUUGCCCUUGCCGCUGCCAAACUCUAUUCCAACAAAAAGAAUCCUGACUCCAAUUAUCUUCCCUGCUAUUUGCAAUUCAGAGUCCCUGGAACUGACAUGUUUUUAACUCCUCCCCCACGUGCCAAAAUCUUCGACUAUCUCAAAGAAGAUGAAGAAGGCAAAGAAACCUUAGUGCAAGUAGAAAUAAGGAAAGGAUAAGGAUGGAUUAUGACUGAUCAAUAAGAAAGUAUUAUCAAUACCACUAUAUUAGAAUGGUAUGAUGAAGCCUUUGGAAAGAUGAGAAAUCAAUUCACUGCCACCUUUUAAUUGGCUCCAUUAAAUUAGAAAGUCGUCAAUCGCCAAGAACCAACAUAUCUCAUCCAAUACGAGUAUAAGAUGUUCCCUGAAGUCAUGCAUGAAUUCGAUACUAAAAAUUAUCCAAGCAAAGAUAAAAUCAUCAUGAAAGAAAUCAAAGCUGGAGAUAAUUUUAAAAAGUAUUUUGCAGAAAUCACUCUUCCUCUUGGCUAAUUCACAUUCUAAUUCUAUGGCUAAAUUAUCACAGAAAAAGAAGGCUAAGAACCACAACAAUCUAUCUUUGCAUUGGACAUGAAAAACUUUGAUCACACAGCAAGACUCAAUCCUGUCCCCAUUUCUCAAUAGGAAAUACAAAAAAAGAUCAUGGAAUACGCUUAACAAAAAGAAAAGGAUCUCCAACAAUAGCAGAUACAAAAGAGGGAAGAUAGUUAAAAAAAUAAACAAUCUGCUGCCGAAGAGUGUCCUUAUAAAUUUGAGAAGCUCUGGACAAUCAUUUAAAAAAAUGCAGAGGGCAAUCUUGAACUUAAAGAUCUAGAAGAAAACUUUUACAAUAAGAUUGCUGCCUAUAUGGAUGAUAAAUUGCCUCUACUUUACGAAGUAUUUCGACAAUAUGCUAUUCUUUAUAAUACAGAUCAUGCAAAAAAAGAUGAAAUUAGUAUCUCAUUUUAGGAUGUGAUGCACUUCUUAAAAUUUUAUGGAUUAGUACAAGAUAGUCAGGAACUAUUUUCUUUUGUGGAAACAUAUGAUAAAUAGGGAACUAAAUCAAAAGAUGUCAGAAAAAGCUUGGAAUUGUCUGUUAAAUUUCAAGAGUUCUUUGUGAUCAUUGUAGAAUUGGCUUAAUUUAAAAAAACUAAUAAUCUUAGUGAAGUAGAAUCCCAAGAUCAAUUAGUCACGAAGAUUGUAGAUAAAAUAAUUGAAAUUAACGCUGAUGAAAAAGAAUUCAAUAAUUUCUAAUAACAUAUGAAGUACAAUGAAAUUUUAGUCAAUUUUAUUCGGGAAAUUUAAGAUUAAAUGCAGAAUAUAUUCAUUAAAAGAUUUAGCCAAGGGAAUGAUGAUAAUUCUGACAUUAAAUUCCAUAUCAGAUAGGAGGAAAUUAAAUAACUAAUCCAAGAUUCCGGCUAUAAAGGAGACAAUCUGGAUGGAAUCAUUAAGACAGCAUAUAAAGAAUUGUUUCAUGAUGAAAAAUUUAAUGGGUUUGAAGGCUUAUUUUAUUAUGAAUUCAUACAAGUGAUGUAAUGGCUUGCUUUAGUGCUUAUUUAAAAUGACGAGCGUAGUUAAUAGGAAGAAGCAGAAGAAGUAACUACUUUGGACUAAUUAUAAGAACAAUUAAGAUAUUUCAUUUAAUGUAUUGAAAAGUGA